AAGAAAUCACCUGCAGAUAACCGUACUCAGUUAGGCGCAUCUGCCAUGGCAUACACAUGGGCAUAAAAAUGUCUGAUGCUAUUGGGCUUUGUCCAGGAAGCUGAGCAGAGGUAUCUUUGUCAAAGCUGGCCAAUCGCAGAAAGAACCCUUCGUGAGUUUGCUCAUAGUUUGAUGAUGGUUGGGUUGGCAAACCCAAAAAAUCUCACAUUUCAAGUCACGUGAUAUAGUUCAGUUCAUCCUGUAGGUACGUACCUUGGCAAACCUGGGUGCCUAAGGUAGGUAAGUACCUAGGAAUGCAUUUCUCGCUCGUGGGCCCGAAUCCGACCUGACUUCUGCCUGCAACUAAUUUUCCCUGUUUUCAUAAGAGCAAGAAGUCCGAUACAAGAUUCAUUUGAUCUCUUGCCAACACUCGCACGCGAAUUGCAAAUCAUCUUCUGUCCUGGGCCUCGAGCGGACGGUAAAAGACCAAAGUCGGUCGCAAGAACCAGUGUUCGCCGCCGGUCUUUACUUCAAUCUCACCUCUUGUUCCGCAUAUCCUACAUUACGCGCUCAUUACCCCGAGUGCCGAGUGCGGAGAAGGACUCAGCACGAUGACAUCGGCUUGGCUGCACUUUUCCCCUCUUUUUCCUCAGUGCCGGCGUACAAAGUCGCCCGCAAGGAGACAGCCUGCACUGUUCCGUUUCUACUCGGAUUGAGACCUUUUCAGCCAGUAUAUCAAACCAUACGUAGGCGGCACCUACUUCUUCUAAAAGGCAGGGAAUACUAUAUCGACCAACUUGCAAUGUCGAAUGGUAUUCUUCGGGUGGCUGGCGACCAAGUGGUCGACGGUGAAGGCAAUCCGGUAAUUCUCCGUGGUGCCGGCUUGGGGGGAUGGAUGAAAAUGGAAAAUUUCAUUACCGGGUUUCCUGGCCAGGAACGACAGCAUCGGGCAGCCAUGCUGGAGGUGCUGGGACAAGAGAAGUACGACUUCUUUUUUGACAAGUUUCUCGAAUACUUCUUCGCUGAUGCCGACGCUCGAUUCUUUGCAUCGCUGGGCUUAAAUUGUAUCCGCAUCCCGUUCAACUACAGACAUUUCGAGGAUGACAUGAACCCAGGUGUCCUGAAGAGCAGUGGGUUCAAGCAUCUUGACCGUGUGAUAGACAUAUGUGCCAAACACAGCAUCUACACGAUUUUGGACUUGCAUAGUCUCCCAGGAGGCCAGAACCCAAGCUGGCACUCAGACAAUAUCUCCGCUUAUGCUGCCUUCUGGGACUUCAAGGAGUUUCAGGACCGUGUGGUGUGGCUUUGGGAACAGCUUGCCCAUCAUUACAAAGGAAAUCCGUGGAUAGCAGGUUACAACCCGAUCAAUGAGCCGGCUGAUGAGAAACAUGCGCGCCUCCCGGCGUUCUACGACAGGCUUGAGGUUGCGAUUCGUAAGAUUGACCCAGAUCAUAUUUUGUACCUGGAUGGCAACACUUUCUCGAUUGAGUGGAAGCACUUUGAUCGCGUGAUCCCCAACUCUGUGUACGCUUUGCACGACUACAGCCUCAUGGGCUUUCCCAUGGGUGACCGCUACAAAGGAACCCCGGAGCAGCUUCAGAAACUCGAGAGUCAGUUCCUGCGCAAGGCUAGAUUCCAACAUGAACACUCUGUUCCGAUUUGGAACGGAGAGUUUGGCCCUGUCUACGAAGAUCCUGCAAAGAACCCGGAAGCCGACGAGAUUAACUCAGAGCGAUACGCACUUCUCGGCGCUCAGCUGAACGUCUAUGACAAACACGCUAUACCAUGGAGCAUUUGGCUCUACAAGGACGUCGGGUUUCAGGGGAUGGUCUAUACUGACCCAAAAAGCAAGUACAUGCGCACCAUUGGCUCGUUCCUAGAGAAGAAGCGCCGACUCAAUCUGGACGCCUGGGGCAGGUCUCCGAAUCCAGAACUCGAGGCCUUGGUGGCCCCGCUGGUCAACUGGAUCGACAACAACGCGCCUGCUGCAAAACACGUGUACCCGACGACAUGGGACACGACGCGGCAUGUUUACCGGUCUGUGAUGGAGAUAUUUGUCUCUGGAAGUUUUUCCAUCGAGUUUGCGAAGCUCUUUGAGAGCAUGGGCUUUGAAGAUCUCGAGGAAUGUGCACGCAGCUUUGCCUUUGAGAAUUGCGUGCAGCGGGAAGGUCUGAAUCGCAUCAUGAGCGAGCACGCUGUGCUUGCCGCCUCGAAAGCUACCUAGGGCAGUCCACGGUUGAGCUUGGCAAUUGUUCUUUGUCUUCAAGUCUAGGACACUUCUUUGUUGUCAUGUUCAAUCGCACAUAUAUUUUCAUCCCAAUUCGGUCACAACUUUGAACA